GCAAGAGGCGGGUGCACGACAAACCGCAAGCGGAAGAGUCAAAGUUCAGGAGCUAGAGGCAGCCGGGAGCCUGGGAAAUGGGACACCCCUACCUAACCAAGAUGCUGAGCUCCUCUCUGAGCCCGCAGAACCGCACCUGGUCAGACACCAUCUCUCUGCUCUUAGCUCUUGGCGUUGCUCUCUACUUGGGCUACUACUGGGCAUGUGUGCCCCAGAGGCCCCGUCUGGUGGCUGGGCCCCAGUUUCUGGCCUUCCUGGAGCAGCAUUGUCCAGUCACUGUGGAGACUUUCUACCCCACACUGUGGUGCUUUGAGGGACGGCUGCAAACCAUCUUUCGAGUCCUCCUGCAGUCUCAGCCUGUGGUCCCUUACCGGAGUGAAGUCCUCCAGACCCCAGAUGGAGGCCAGUUCCUUCUAGACUGGGCUGAGCAGACUAACAGCAGUCACUACCCGGACCCUGCCACGCAGCCCAUAGUACUGCUGCUUCCGGGCAUCAGCGGCAGUAGCCAGGAGCCGUACAUCUUACACCUAGCUGACCAAGCUCUGAAGGAUGGCUAUAGGGCUGUUGUAUUUAAUAACCGAGGAUGCCGAGGAGAGGAGCUGCUGACUCACAGGGCUUACUGUGCCAGCUACACUGAAGACCUCGAAGCAGUUGUGAAACACAUCAAGCGCCGCUACUCCCAGGCCCCACUGCUGGCUGUGGGCAUCUCUUUUGGAGGGAUACUGGUGCUUAACUACCUGGCACGGACCGGGAAGGCGGGAGGCUUGGCCGCGGGAUUGACCAUGUCUGCAUGUUGGGAUUCCUUUGAGACCGUUGACUCCUUGGAGACCCCACUCAACUCACUGCUCUUCAAUCAGCCUCUCACUGCUGGACUCUGCCGGCUUGUGGCCAGGAACAGAAAGUCAAUUGGAAAGGUGUUGGAUGUAGACUUCGCUAUAAAGGCCCGCACAAUCCGACAGCUGGAUGAGCGCUACACAUCUGUGGCUUUUGGGUAUAAAGACUGUGCGGCUUAUUACCAAGCCGCAAGUCCAAGAACCAAGGUAGAUGCCAUCCACACUCCUGUCCUCUGCCUCAAUGCAGCCGACGACCCCUUCUCCCCAGUCCACGGUGAGCGGCUGCAACGAGGCCUGGACCCCAUGGCUACGGCACAGAUGUGGGUUGUACUGAGAGAUGAGCCUGGGCUCUCCCCCGGGGCAGUUUCUGACCUCUCUGACUCCCUCCCAGCCUUCCCUCUGCAGGCUGCCCAGAAGUCUCCCUAUGUGGCUCUGCUCAUCACAGCUCGGGGUGGCCACAUUGGCUUCCUGGAAGGGCUGCUGCCCUGGCAACACUGUUAUAUGAACCGCGUGCUGCAUCAGUAUGCCCGAGCCAUCUUCCAGCACUCGGCGGGGCUGCCUGACCUGGGAGCACUCACUCCUGAAGAUGCAAAGAGCUGACAAGAGGACUGCUGGGGGUCUUGGUUCAAUCUUUCUCUCUUUAUUAAAUAUCAACUCUUUGUGCCUAA